AUGGCCAAUGGCAUUGAAGACCUUAUUGGGAUCCCAUUCCCAAACCACAGCAGUGAAGUCUUAUGUGGUUUAAAUGAGCAGCGGCAUGAUGGUCUCCUCUGCGAUGUCAUCCUCAUUGUACAGGACCAGGAGUACCGGACCCAUCGGUCUGUCCUUGCUGCCUGCAGCAAAUACUUCAAAAAACUCUUCACUACCGGCACUUUAACAGACCAGCCCUAUGUUUACGAGAUUGACUUUGUCAAGCCUGAAGCACUUUCUGCCAUCCUCGAGUUUGCCUACACCUCAACCCUCACCAUCACCACCUCAAACGUCAAGCACAUCCUCAGCGCUGCCAAGAUGCUGGAGAUCCAGUGCAUUAUCAAUGUAUGCCUUGAAAUCAUGGAGCCCGACAGAGAGGCGGAAGAGGAAGAUGACAAAGAGGAUGAAGAUGAUGACGAAGACGAAGAUGAAGAUGAGGAGGAAGAGGAGGAGGAGGAAGAAGUGGAAGAUUAUGUCAACCAGGAGAACCUAGCUGAUGUCCAAGAAGUAAGCUGUCACCAAAGCCCUUCUAAGUCUGAUCUUACCGAAGAAGCAUAUACAGAAGCACCUAAAGACUUUCCAAAUCACUACCCAGCCAAUAACUCCUCUGGACACUUGGGCAUGAUACGAGACUUCUCCAUCGAGUCCUUGCUAAGGGAGAACUUGUACCCUAAGCCAAACAUCCCAGAAAGGAGGCCAGCUCUCUCCCCUUUCGCUCCGAGCUUCUUCCCACAUCUAUGGAAUGGCGAUUUUAACUCCUUCUCCCAGCUCGAGGACCCACAAGUAGACAAUGGCCCCUUGGAUCUGGUGAUCAAAAAGAGGAAGAUUAAGGAAGAGGAGGAGAAGGAAGACCUGCCUCCACCUCCUUUCCAUAAUGACUUCUUCAAGGACAUGUUUACCAACACCCCAGUAGAUCCUUUAGGGCAUAUUAAGGCAGAGACUGACUAUAGCACUUAUCUCAAUUUCCUAAGCGCUACCCAGUUUGGAGGAGUGUUUCCCCCGUGGCCCCUGGAGGAGGAGAGGAAGAUAAAGCCCAAGGCAUCCCAGCAGUGUCCCAUCUGUAACAAAAUCAUCAUGGGAGCCGGCAAGCUGCCGAGGCACAUGAGGACCCACACGGGAGAGAAGCCGUAUAUGUGCAAUAUCUGUGAAGUCCGCUUUACCAGAGGACGCAAGCCGGCGGCGUGGAGGGCAGCCGGCCUGCUCUUCGCUCCUGGUGGCCCGCCGGUGGAGAAGAGCUACAUGAUGCCACCGACGUUGGAGGAGAUGAGUGGCCACCUCGGUGGCGCGGCCAUGUGCCUUCCUGGCCCCAGCCCCAAGCACUUUCUGAGCGGGGCCAAGACGGCCUUCAGCCUGCAAGAGCUGGAGAGCCAGUUUGAAGAAACCCAGAUGAAGCUCUUCAGGCGAGCCCAGAUGGACAUGGAGAGGAACGCGGGCAUCUUCGCCUUCGCCCUGGGCCAUAACGAAAACCUCGCUGCCCAACCCUUCUUCCCCCUCCCCGAUCCUUGGAGCACGGGCUUCA